AUGCCCGGAAAUGUCAGAGAACCGUUCUUAGUGAAGUUUUUAAAGUCUUCAGACAAUUCUGAAUAUUUUUUUAAAGCUCUUGAGUCAAUAAAAGAGUUCAAGUCAGAAGAAUAUCUUCAGAUCAUUACGGAAGAAGAAGCAUUGAAGAUAGAGAAAGAUGAUAAAUCACUUUUUAUCUGUGACCCUUUUAGUGGCACAGUGUUUGAUCACCUCAAAAAGCUUGGAUGCAGAAUUGUUGGUCCUCAAGUAGUUAUCUAUUGUAUGCAUCACCAGCAAUACGUUCCUAGAGCUGAGCUCCCAGUUUACAAUAUGAUUUUGUCUGAUGUAACUGUAUCUUGCACAAGCCUCGAUAGAGAAAAAAGGGAAGAAGUUCACAAUUAUGUACAAAUGAUGGGUGGACGCGUAUAUAAAGAUCUUCACGUAUCGGUGACUCAUCUUAUUGCUGGAGAAGUUGGUAGCAAAAAAUAUUUCGUCGCUGCAAACCUAAAGAAGCCUAUUUUGCUUCCUUCUUGGAUAACAACACUUUGGAAGAAGUCACAAGAGAAAAAAAUAGAUAAAUAUACUGAUUUAAACAUGGAAGACUUCAAGUGCCCUGUUUUUCUUGGUUGCAUAAUCUGUGUGACUGGCUUGUGUGGCUUCGACAGGAAGGCGGUGCAGCGGCUCACAGUUGAGCAUGGCGGCCGAUACAUGGGGCAGCUGAAAAUGAAUGAGUGUACACAUCUUAUUGUGCAGGAGCCGAAAGGUCAGAAAUAUGAAUGUGCCAAGAGAUGGAAUGUCCACUGUGUGACCCCACAAUGGUUUUUUGACAGUGUUGAGAAAGGUUUUUGUCAGGAUGAAUCUAUAUACAAGACAGAUCUUAAACCAGAAACAAAGACAAUGCCCGAUACUUCGACACCUGCUGGCCACACGGACAACAUACUGGACAGCGGUAUUCCUUCAGAUGUCAGCCACAUUUCUAACAAUGCAAGUUGCAUAAAUGAAUCCAUAUGUAAUUCCAUCCUGAAUAGCAAAUUAGAGUCUACAUCGGAGAGCCUAGAAAACCUGGAUGUCAGCACAUUUCAAGCACCUGAAGACUUACUAGAUGGCUGCCGGAUAUAUCUUUGUGGCUUCAGUGGCCGAAAGCUAGACAAACUGAGAAGACUGAUUAACAGUGGAGGUGGAAUUCGUUUUAAUCAACUCAAUGAAGAUGUAACUCAUGUGAUUGUGGGAGAUUAUGAUGAUGAAUUGAAGCAAUUUUGGAAUAAAUCAGCCCACAGGCCUCAUGUAGUGGGAGCAAAGUGGUUGCUCGAAUGUUUUAAUAAAGGGUAUAUGCUUCCUGAAGAACCUUACAUUCAUGCUAACUACCAGCCAGUGGAAAUUCCAGUCUCAGACCAACCUGAAAAUAAAACACUGCCCUUGAAAAAGAAUAGCAGCAGUUUUUCUAAAGACUCUCCACCAAAUGAGAAACAUGAGCAAGCUGAUGAAGAGCUGCUCUCUCAAUAUGUGCACAAUGACUCAACAGUAGUUGAGGCUGAGACGUCUGAAGCUGUGCCCCUUAAUGAUUCUACUCAUAUAUCUCUGCAAGAAGAAAACCAGCCUUCUGCCAGUCAUUGCCUCACUGACACUGUUAUACUGGCUGAAGAAGGCUUGUUUAACCAAAAGAGUUUCCUUAUUAUGGGUUUUAGUAAAGAAAAUGAGUUUAAUGUGGAAAGCAUCAUAAGAGAAAAUGCUGGAAGAAUUGUGUCCCUUCAGAGCAGAACCGUUGCCGAUUAUGCUGUGGUUCCUCUGCUAGGGUGUGACGUGAAGGCCACGGUGGGCGAGGUGGUGACAAAUACGUGGCUGGUUAGUUGUAUAGACCACCAGACUUUAUUUGAUCCAAAGUCAAAUCCUCUCUUUGUGCCAGUCCCAGUCAUGGCAGGAACAACUCCGUUGGAAGAUUGUGUCAUUUCAUUCAGCCAGUGUGUUGGAGCAGAAAAAGAUUCUUUGACCUUCUUAGCCAGUCGUCUUGGAGCAAGCGUCCAAGAGUACUUCGUUCGGAAAUCCAAUGCCAAGAAAGGCAUGCUUGCCAGUACACAUCUUGUAUUGAAAGAGCCAAGUGGCUCUAAAUACGAAGCUUCGAAGAAGUGGAACCUGCCGGCGGUCACUUUAGCUUGGCUGUUGGAGACGGCUCGGACGGGAAGGAGGGCAGAGGAAGGCCAUUUUCUGAUAGAAAUUGCACCCAAAGAAGAAUCCCUAGAGCAAAAGGUGGAAAUGGAAGUAGUAAAUGGUGGAAAUAUAAAUCCAGCUACUCCGGAGUCUACUGGUUCUCCCCUGGAAGCCUACAGGAAGAAGGCCGUUACCCCCCUCGAUUUGAACCGGUUUCAGAGUAAGGCUUUCCAGGCAGUGAUCUCACAGCACACCGGGCAGGUGUCAGUCGCCCCGAGCGUGGGCCAGCCACUUCAGAAGGAGCCCUCCUUGCACCUGGACACACCAUCCAAGUUCCUGUCCAAAGACAAGCUCUUCAAACCGACCUUUGAUGUGAAGGAUGCGCUUGCAGCCUUGGAAACUCCAGGACAGCUCAGUCAACAGAGAAAGAAGGUGAAUACGCCACUUUCAGAAGUCAUCAGCAGAAAUUUGAAGCUGGCCGUGGCAAAUAGCUGUCAGAAUGCCAUUGCUCUUUCUGCCAGUCCUCCACUGAAAAAUGCCCCGCCUGAGAAGAAAGACCCCUCAAAGCCACUUGACCAGGUAGUGAUCUGUGUUAGUAAAAAACUGAGUAAGAAGCAGAGUGAGCUGAAUGGGAUCGCGGCCUCUCUAGGAGCAGACUACAGGUGGAGUUUUGAUGAAACAGUAACUCAUUUCAUCUAUCAAGGACGACCAAAUGACACGAACCGGGAGUUGAAGUCUGUAAAGGAAAGGGGAGUGCACAUUGUCUCAGAGCACUGGCUUCUAGAAUGUGCCCAAGAAUACAAGCACCUUCCUGAAUCUCUUUACCCACAUACUUACAAUCCCAAAAUGAGCCUGGAUAUCAGUGCGGUGCAAGAUGACAGACUCCCUAACAGUCGACUGCUCUCCGCUGAUUCGGCAACAAAUGAUGCUGAGCCUGGUCAUUUGCCAUUAGAAGUAGAGGAUGUGGACAAGCUGAGCAUCAGUGACAAAGAGUUGGCAGCCAUGGAUGGAAGUGAGAAGAAUGACACUAAAGGAGCUCUGACACAGACCCUGGAGAUGAGACAGACCUUCCAAAAGCAGCUGCAGGAGAUAAUGUCUGCAACAUCAGUAGUGAAACCCCAAGGGCCGCACACUUCCCUGUCAAGGAGUGCUUGUAACAGCGCCUCUUCAACCCCCGACAGCUCUCGCUCCGUCCGCAGUGGGCGAAGCAGGGUCUUGGAGGCCCUGAGGCAGUCUCGUCAAAUAGUACCUGAUAUCAACACAGAGCCCUCGCAAAAUGAACAAAUCAUUUGGGAUGACCCUACUGCCAGGGAGGAGAGGGCCAGGCUUGCCAGUAACUUGCAGUGGCCCAUUUGCUCCACACAAUGCUCUGAGCUUCAGGGGAACAUUCAGAACUCAGAGGGUUCCCCUCUCCAGGAUCCGCUACAUGACGCAGAGGUCACUGAGCAGGCUAUCUGUGAUCCUGGAAACAGAUCUGUGACCGAAGUCCCCAAACACCCCAUGAUCUCUGAAGACCUGGAAGCUCCAACCAAAGACAACCACCUGAUCCCUACACCACAAGCCCCCAGUAUCGCCUUCCCCUUAGCCAACCCGCCUGUGGCUCCCCACCCGAGAGAAAAGAUUGUAAUACUUGAGGAGACUCAUGAAGACUUAAAAAAACAGUACAUAUUUCAAUUGUCAUCGCUGAAUCCUCAAGAACGUAUUGAUUAUUGUCAUCUCAUUGAAAAACUAGGUGGCUUAGUGUUGGAAAAGCAGUGCUUUGAUCCUAACUGUACGCACAUUGUUGUCGGACACCCACUUCGAAAUGAGAAGUAUUUGGCCUCAGUGGCAGCUGGCAAGUGGGUGCUUCACCGCUCGUAUCUUGAAGCCUGCAGGGCUGCUGGACGCUUCAUGCCGGAAGAAGAUUAUGAAUGGGGCAGUAGCUCCAUUCUUGAUGCGCUCCCUGCUAUCAAUGGACAGCAGCGGAAACUGGCACUUGCAGCAAUGAGAUGGAGGAGAGCAAUCCAGCAAAGACAAGAAGCGGGCAUUGUUGAGGGAGCUUUUAGUGGAUGGAAGGUUAUUUUGCAUGUUGAUCAGUCCCGAGAAGCAGGAUUCAAACGUCUUCUGCAGUCAGGAGGAGCAAAGGUAUUACCUGGUCAUCCUGUGCCAUUGUUUCAAGAGGCCACGCAUCUCUUCUCUGACUGGAAUAAACAAAAGCCAGAAGACUUGGGAGUUAACCUAGCAGAAGCCGCUGCCCAGAAUGUGUACUGCUUGAGAACAGAGUACAUUGCUGACUAUCUCAUGGAGGAAUCCCCUCCUCGGACAGAAUGUUACUGUCUACCGGAAGCGGUUUCAUUUCUCCAGAAUAUUAAGGAAUCGGGGCCUGGGUUAUCACAACAAAAGAGGAAAGCUACUACAGAGAAGAAUAAAAUGAAACGGCCGCGCAUCCGCUAAUGGUAUCCAUCCUUCAAUUACCAAACAUUCAAUGUUUUUUUAAAACUAAAAGCCCAGAUUUUACUGUGAUGGAUUUAAAGGCAAAUACUUAAGAAAUUGUGCUUCAUUGAUGACACAGCUUGAAGUGAGUUUUUAAUUAACACCUGAUAAUGUUAAUCACAGAAUUUUUAACUGUGCUUUAAUAAACACUUACCUGAAAAAAAAAAAGCAGAACAAAAUGUAACUCCUGGCUAGCUUGUCAGUAAGCCACACUUGAGGUUUGUGAGGGCUUUUGUUUAUUUUUCUUGCAAAAAGCUGAAGCUGUAGCUUAGUGGAUGUUUUACCAAAGUGAUGGAUUUGCCAUUGAAAUGUGUGCCUACCCAAGAGUUAUCACUUGAGAUUUAGUCUGUGUUCUCACUAUUUUACCUCAUUUUGCAGGAGCCUAAGCACGGGGUUUACUGAGCAAGCAGAGGCUUUAAACUUGUGUGUGUGUAUAUAUAUGUAUAUAUAUGUUUGUACAGAUCUCCAUGAUGUAUACCAAUUUUGGGUGCCAAAACUUGGAAACUGACAAUAAAGAUAAUAAAAAUAGUGACUCAAA